AACUGGGUGGGAACGUUUAACAGCAAGCUUCGUUUUCUCUCCGGAUCGUUGUUAGUUGUCGAACCAACGAGGCAAGCGGCAUGGAAGUAAGGGACGCCAAUGCUGCUAUGCUAAGCAAUUAUGAGGUCUAUCAGUUACUGACAGACCUGAAAGAAAAAAGAAAAGAGAUGGUUAAAAAUAAGCACAGCACGGGACAGCAGAAUCUCAACACCAUCAUGUAUGAGACCCUGAAGUACCUCUCCAAGACGCCGUGUGCUCAUCAGAAUCCAGACACCGUGAAGGAGUUCCUCACUGCUAUGUUGCCUCACAAGCUCACUAAAGCUGAGAAGUUGCAGCUCUUUAACCACAGACCUCAGACUGCUGUUGAAAUUCAGCUGAUGGUAGAGGAGAGCGAAGAAAGACUGACAGAAGAACAGAUUGAUGAACUUAUACAGAAAGUCACGGACGUCCUGCCUGGUGACCCUCAGAAAGCAGGUGAUGUAUCUGCUGACCCUGAGAUGGAGACAGACCAGUAACAUCACCCCUGCAAACUCAAUUAUAUAUAUAUAUGUGUGUGUGUGUGUGUUUUCCUUUUCAAACAAAAACUUUCUUCAGAUUCGUUGACGGUGCUAGUGGUAAUAUUUGCUAAUAUAAAGUGAUGUCUAAGAAAAGUGUUAAAACAUGUAUUUAUUUUUCCUGGUGUAUAUAUUGCACAAUCAUAUGAUAAAGAAAUACCAUAUAUGACUUUGUCGGCUUUUUAAACCCAUUUGUAGGAGUUGCAUUGAUCUUUUUUUUUCCUUGGGGGAAGGAUAUAAUCUUCUGGAGUAAAGACAAUCUUACUUCUCUCUGGCAUCCUUCCUGUAUAUAUAUAUCAUCCUCUUUAAUUUAGCACAUAGUUAUACUGUGUUUAAUCGGUGACCAUUUUAAGGAUUUGAGAGAGAUUGAGCAAAGCAAACCUGGUCGUUUAGUGUUAAUUAUGACCAUUUAUCAUUUUGUCAAACAGUCUCUACUGA